UCUAUCCAUCUCGGUGUGGCAUGACCCCCGUCUGGAGGAGGUCCCUCACCCCUGACUGUGGCUCUGCCCCGGGGGCGGAUCACAGCGGAGCAGGUGCUGCCGAGGCUCUAGCGCCGCCUUCACUCACUCCACUGCGGCUCACUCAGCGCUCUCCACCGCUGCGCCGCCGCCGGACCAACGCCAUGGAUUUACUCCAGCUCUAAAUGCGUGGCCAAUACGCUUUUCUUCAGUUUUAAGGUAUGAGCCAUGAGCCAAAGUCUCCAUCAUUAAGCAUGAUUUCGGCAGCACCAUGCAGCAUGGCGACUGUAAGCCCCCUCACUCCCAUCAGCGGAGCAGUGGUGGCCAAUGGGAGCCCCGCGGCCCAGUCUGCACACUCGGGAUUCGCCGCCGCUCUCCGCAAGCUCGCCAAACAGGCCGAAGAGCCACGAGGUUCCAUUAGUAGCGAGUCAUCACAUGUGUCCUCUCCGGUGACCAAUCACAUUUCUCCUGUCAGUACACCUAAGCGGGUUGCCAUGGGUACGAGUCUGGUCCCACCCACAGGCACCCCUCCUGUGGUCACCAUCGCCCCGACUAAAACUGUCAAUGGCUUCUGGAGGUCUGAGGGGCGCCAGGCUGAUGCAGGAUUAAGAUGGUCCGGUCAGGAGCGUUUGGCCCCCGAUCGGCCUUUACCAGGCCAGGAGAAGCCUUCCCUCUCCUUCUCUCUCCCGCCGUACCUGGGUUCAGCCCAUCCCUUCAGCGUGGCCCCGAGUGCUCUGGUGCAGGACCCGCGUCUGCAGACCCACUUGUCCCGGCAGGUUCCUCAUAUGCUGCUAGCAGGGGCUCAGGAUGAGUAUGUUCGGGAUGGCUUUCGCCCGUACGCCUCCGCUGAUGAGCUGCGCGUGCCUUUAGGGCUCCCUCUAGGGCUCAGCCAAGGAACUGCAGCUGAAGCUCUGGCGUACUUUCACUCAGGAUAUUUGCCUCACCCCUCGCUCGCAUCAUACAGGAUGGAGGACUAUUACAGUCUGUCUGCCCUGCGCUCACAUUACUACCCGCUUCCAGAGGGGGUUAAACCUCUUGCUGAGUGUAUUCCUCUGGUUCCUGUCGAGAGUGUUGCAUCUCACACCAUUCAUAUGUGUGUGUGUGUUUCGACCCUCCGCAGGCUGCAGAUGGAAGAGGAGCUUCGCCAGCAGGAGAGGGAGCGAGAGCGAGAGCGAGAGAAGGAGCGGACACGUGAAAUCGAACGAGAGCGGCAGUGGGAACAGGAGGUGCAGAGAGAGAAGCAACGAGAGCUGGAGAUGAAAAAAGAGCGAGGCAGAGACGUCCAGGCGGUCAAGGCCAUGGAGAAACGCCAUCUGAGUCUGGAGCCGAUGGCCAACACACACUCGAUCUCUCAGCCUUAUCUGUACACACACCGGCAGCCCGUGAAGGAGCGAGGCAGGCUGGAGGAGAGACUCGCUGCUAACAGAGCCGACAAAACCAAAGAAACGCCGCUGUUCACGCCUCAGUCCGGUCCAUACUCAUCCUCAGGAGGUCUUUCAUCCAUCUCAACCUCAGGUCCCGGCCUCUCCUCAAGCGUGCAGUUUGGGAAGAGCCACCGGCCCAUGGUGUCUCCCAUGAUGCUCCAGCGGCAGGAGGAGGACAGAUGGCUCGGCAGACAGAGAGCACUGAAGGUGGAGAGAGCGGACAGACACGGCCAGGAGUUUCAGCAGCAGGAACCAACAGAUCAGAGAGAGAUUCACAGGUUUGGCGCGGGUGUCAGAGACAUACCUCCGCCUCUGGGAGCUCCGCCGCCUCUCAUCACCCCCAAACCUCUUCCUCGGGACCAGCACCCCUCUCCUCCCGCACCCAGCAGCUUCUGGAACCCCGUCUCCCUCCUCCGCUCGCCCUCCGACCGCCCUCUGUCCCACAUCCACCCUUACUCAGGCCACAGCAGACCAAAACCUCCAGAGGAGGACGUCAGGCGGGUCAGUGGCCAGAGCCAGCAGAGGCCCGCCUCCUCCCAGUCAGACAGCAGGCCACCCCAGGGGCCGGCUCUGGACAGGACAGACCCCAUGAUGGUGUACGACCAGGCUCUCCAGCAGCACAGGAGACUCGUCAGCAAGCUUGACCUGGAGGAGAAGAAACGCAGCGAAGCCAGAGAGAAAGGUUAUUACUAUGAAUUAGACGACUCUUAUGAUGAGAGCGAUGAGGAGGAAGUUCGAGCUCAUCUGAGAAGAGUCGCUCAGCAGCCUCCUCUCAAACUGGACGCGUCUUCAGAGAAGACAGAGUUUCUGUGUUUGUUUGGACUGACGACGCUCUCUAAGCGCGAUGAGCUGCUGGAGAUGAAGAGGAGGAAGAGGAGGAGGAUGCUGCAGGAGCGAGUCCCUUCACCCUCAGCAGUGCCGAAUAAACGUAAGACUCCAUCUCCUCCUCAUCCUCCGCUCAGCACACGCUUCACUCCGGAGGAGAUGGACCGCACGGAGGAGCUGGACGACAAGAAACACUUCCUCAGCAUCUUCAGCCUCAGCCAUGUCAGUCAGGAAGAAAGACAAAAGAAUAAGAAGAUCAUGGACGUGCUGGAAGCCAUCAAACAAAAGACUGUUACCCUGGACACCCUCAGAUAUGCUACAGAUACGCCCUGUUCCAGCCCGGCCACUUCAGUGUCUGCUGUCCCGCAUCUCAAUCAGUCAGUCAGUAAUGUUCACCCUGAACCCCAAAAUCACUUGUCCGAAAACCAUCACCUGCCUCUAGACCCACCACCACUGGCUCCUCUCCACGCUCAAGGCCAACCCAACCUGACGUCCCCGAGCAGAAGAGACCCGAGCCUGCAGGCCAGCGCUCCGCAGCCCCUCGCCCGACCCAAAGACCCGCCACCGAAACCCCCCAGCUGGGAGCGAAUAAACUCUGAGGAGUUCACACAACACUUCCACAAGUCCGUGCUGCAGUCCUCUCAAACAUCCCAGCAGAAACAGAAAGGUGGAGCGAGUGAGCAGUUUGAGCCUCCUGCGCUUCCACCUCCAGGCCUCCAGAGGGCAGUAAACAAACUCCCUAACGGCCAGAGCAAUGGCCACUCCUGCCAUAUAUCAGCCCAACGUGAGUCUCCAGGCGUGAGGAACGACUUCUCAGCCGAGGAGGGCAUCAGUUCGGAUGAAGACGAGGAAGAGGAGUCGUUCGGUCCCAGAUGGAGGGGGAUUGAGUCGAUAUUUGAGGCGUACGGGGAGUACAUGGAGGAGAAAAGUAUCGAGCAGAAAGUUCUCCAGAGCGAGUGUAGACGUCUGGAGACGCAGCAUUACAAUCUCACUCUCACAGCCGAACAGCUUUCUCAUAGCAUGAGGGACCUAUUGGCUCAGAAGCACAACCUGGCGUUGAAGAGAGAUCGUAUGCAGGCCGAACUGGAGCACAUCAAGAAAUGUUUGACAUUGCCAUUAUUACACUGGCACAGAGGAUACUACAAGAGACCCUCACCGAGGUGACCUGAAGAUGGACGACAGCACGAGCCACAGAGAUCAACAUCUACUGAACGUGUGAUGAUUUCAGCUUUGGCAUGAGAAAGAUACACAAGCUAAUGCAAUCUCUGACGCCUCACUGUGACUCACUGCACUACAAGUCCAACCACUAGAUACAACAAAACAGGCAUUCAGCAGCAAUCGAAAUAUCCAUUACUUGACGUACGGAUUAAAUCUGACUGGACUUUUGCCAAGAGGUGCAUAAACCCAAGCCAGAGCUGGAUAUGCCCUUAAUAUUGAUCUCUCCUAUAUUUGGUGCAAAACUCUUCUACUGGACGAUGAGCUGAUGUGGAACUGAGUUUAAAUGUUUUCAUAUUUAUACAGUUUUUAAAAGAAUAUGAUUGUGUAAAAUACUGUCAAAUCACAUUUUUGUAUGUUUUUAUUCUUAAUGGUUAAUUAUAAAAAGGACUGUAAUUUGAAAUCUAAAUAUUUUAAUGCUUUUUGCAGGGGGAAAAAUGUGUUGAUAAGGUACUGCUGGUCAGAAAUGUUGGUGGAAGAAAAAAUGAAGUGGGUUGAAUUGAGUUUUCAUUUCAGAAUCUCUUCAGAGGCUUUAGUUUAUUAAAUGUAGUUGUCAGAUAGUCAUGAGAGUGUUUGUCUAGGACAGUGUUUCUAUAUGUUUUGUUAUUCUCUCUUCGUCUCCCACCAAACCAAAAUUACAACGCCAUAUAUAUUAUCCACCAGUACACGGCUAUUUGAAAAUAGACACUAAAAUAAACCGAUCCAGUGUGAGAAUUAAUGACAAAUGGCAUAUAAUAGUUAACAGACCAGCAGUUCAUUUACAUUCAAGUAUGAAGUCAAUCAAUCGUGAUUCAUUAUCAAAAAAAUCUAAAUUAUUAUGUAUAAAAUAAUAGAAAUAAACGCAAACGAAAUAGAAUACCCAAUGUAGCAAGUGCAAUAUUUAAGUAAUGGCAAUUAUUAAAAUUACGAUACAAUAAUCAACUGCAUAUUAUUACAUAUUUUGUUUAAUUUAGAAAUUGAAUUGAUAUCUGAAUCACUUCUAAGAUGAUUAUGAAAUGCUACUAAUGGACCUUAUAAAAUAACAUUCUGUUAAACAUUAUAUGCUUAUUUAAUACUGUCUGUUAUGGAUUUAUUAUAGUCAUGGAAGUAAUUAUAAAGGGUUACCCAAAUGUUUUUAUGAAUAACUUGGCCAAUAUGUUUUAAUUUUCAGCCUAGCUGCCAUGAGAAGAAUCAUUUUAUAUAGAAAUUAGUGCCACUCUGAUUUGUACAGCAGCAGCAACUGAAA